UAUCUUUUCAUACUGCAAAUCUCUCCAGCCAUGGAAGCCAAAGCAGCACCCAAUGCUCAGCAGCUAACCUCAAAAUGGCCUCAAAUGGUACCUAAAUUUCUCAAAUUUACUUCCUCUAGUACCCUCCUCAAUCCAAGAUGUAAAAGUAUUUCUUUGUUUGUCACGCACUGCUCUACAAAACCAAACACCAACAAAAGGGCAACAGAUGAGAAUCAGUCGAACACUGAGCCACUUCCAAGUUCUAGAAUUCAACCCACAUCGGGUCAACAAGUUGGUUCGAGUUUCUCAUUGUCUAGGGGCUUAAUUUUUGAUGUGGGUUCCAAGAAUUCUUGGGACAGUCUUGAGAUUGGUUCACCUGUGGUGAAAAGGUACCUCAGCGAUGAGGAAGAGAGGUGGUACAUGUGGUACCAUGGGAGGUCGAGUGAAAGUCCUGACUUUGAUUCAAUUGGAUUGGCUGUUUCAAGCAAUGGGAUCCACUGGGAAAGAGGUGGAGGAGCUGUUCGAUCAAAUGCCGAUGUGGGGUUGGUUAUGAGCAGUAGUAAAGAUUGGUGGGCAUUUGAUACUCAUAGCAUUAGGCCUUGUGAGGUUAUGAUAAUGUCGAGCGCUAAGGUUAGAGCUAACAGUGCUGUUUACUGGCUUUAUUACACUGGGUUUAGCUCUGAAAAUAUUAAGUGUUUGGAUAAUUCUUUGGAAUUUAAUUUCAAGAAUCCUGAAAGGGUGCACUUAGAUGUAGAGAAUGGUGGCCUGAAUGGUGAUAGUAGCAAGAUUCUCAAGUCAUUACCUGGUUUAGCAAUGAGUCAAGAUGGGAGGCAUUGGGCUAGAAUUGAGGGGGAGCAUCACAGCGGGGCAUUGCUCGAUGUGGGAUCGGAUGGCGAGUGGGAUUCUUUGUUCAUUGCCUCCCCACAAGUUGUUUUUCAUGGCACUGGUGAUCUUAGAAUGUACUAUCACUCAUUUGAUGUCGAAAACGGGCACUUUGCCAUUGGCGUUGCACGGUCAAGGGACGGGAUGCGGUGGGUGAAGCUGGGGAAGAUACUAAGUGGUGGUACUCGUGGGGCUUUCGACGAGUGUGGGAUAGUUAACGCUCGUAUUUUGAGGAACAAGAAAGACGGUGAGUACUUGAUGGUCUAUGAAGGUGUCGAUGGAGAUGGGAAAAGGAGCAUUGGUGUGGCAGUGUCUUCAGAUGGAUUGCAGCAUUGGAAAAGAGUGCAAGAUAGUCCUGUUUUCAAGCAAUCCGAGGACGGGGGAUGGGAUUGUGACGGGGUGGGAUCGCCAUGCUUAGUUCAAAUGGAUGGAGACACAGAGGAAUGGAGAUUGUACUACAGAGGGAUUGGGAAAGGAGGGAGAAGUGGAAUUGGAUUGGCAGUUUCCCAAGGAAGUGAAGUGAACAAUUUCCAGAGGUGGACAGGAUUUCAUUUGUGAGGCAUUCUGUUUAAUGUUAGCAUCACGACUCACAUUU